CCCUUAAUGUCUCUGUGUCUUUUGUCCCUUCAUGUCUGUGUCUCUGUGUCCAGGAGAUAGUCGAGUUGCCAGAUUACAAUAAAAUCACCUUUAAGGAGAAUCCAGCGAUCCCAUUGGAGGAGAUCGUCCCUGACACGUCCCCUCAGGCCGUCGACCUGCUCUACAAGUUCCUGGUCUAUCCGUCCAAACAACGCUGCUCCGCCAGACAGACACGCGGUGAUGAUAUCAGAUUAUUGGCAGCCGGCCGAUUGGUCCUCUGCUGUCAUGCCAUCUCAAGCUGAAACAUCGUGGUUCAACGCGAAGGUUAGCCCUGCCCCUUCAUACACCUUCCUCCAAUCAUCAAACAUGUCCCAUGAGGCCAAGCGGCUGACUGCCACCAGUCAACAGUUCAUCACUUCCUCCCACUGGCUGGACGACUCCAGCUGUCAAUCACUGAGCUCUGCUUAUAUCCCGCCUCCUGCUUCCUCGUCCUUGUACGGUAAUCCCGCUUUGACCACGCCCCCCACCUGCCUCCUCUCCUCAACACCUGAAUGGACCAGUCACUAUGGAAACCUUUACCCCUCCCCCUCUAGUGAUUGUGCGGUACCUGGCCGUCUGUCCUGGGGGCGGGGCAGUGAACCAGAGCAGCGCGAGUGUGUGCGCUGUGGGACAAGCAGCGCCCCCCUGUGGAGGAGAGACGCUGAAGGCGGUCACCUGUGCAACACCUGCAGCCUCCGCCAGAAGCCAGACAGGCCGCUGCUGAGCCCGAAGAGGAGAGACGCUGCGACUCCGAGGAAAGGAACUCUGUGUGUGAACUGUUCUACUGCGACGACCACGCUGUGGAGGAGAACCUCUGCUGGAGAACCCGUCUGCAACGCCUGUGGGCUCUACUACAAACUACACCAGGUCAACCGGCCGCUGGCGAUGAAGAAAGACAGAAUCCAGACCAGAAACCGCAGAGUGACCAAUCAGAACAAGAGGAGCAGGAAACUUGACCAAUCAGAGACUAAGCUGCCUGUGCUGGUCCCGCCCACCCAAGAGGCCGUGUGUCAGUCCUUCAGUCAGCUGCCCUGUGACCUCCACACCUCCUCCUCUCUGCUCACCGUGUAAACUGCUUUGUGUUUUCUAAUAAACGUGUGAACCUGCCA